CUCAGAAUCCAUCAGUGGUGGGAACUGGAAGGCAGCCAGUGUGAGACAGAAGAGGUCACAGGAAUGUAUGGCCUCCCUGGAAGACCUCGUGAUGGAGACGCAGCACGCGCUAAAGAUGGCCGCCCUGCGUGUCAUGGAUUUCCCUUUGUCCCUGUGCAGCUCGCUCACGCAGCUGAAGUCUUAUCCCGGGCUGAAGAAGAUCCUUGCGGUCACCGCCGUCGGAACUGUGUCCAUUAUUUUUCUGGCUCGUCACUUUAAAAGGAGAAGAGGGAAGAAGAAAAGCGCAGUUCCUUCCUGGGAGACGGGAAAUCUCCUGCUGGACUGCACCAGGAACGCCGCCUCCGAGAAAGGCUCCAGCUGCUCCAGCAGCCGGCAGAAUCUCACCCUGUCCCUGGCGUCAGUGAAGGAGAAGGGGUCCCAGCUGCACCUCAACGGAGGACUGAACAGUAGAUACUCCGGAUCCGUGCAGAGUCUGGCUUCAGUUCGAAGUGUCAACUCGUGUCACAGCUGUACUUGUGUUAACUCCAAUCCCUGGGAUAAAGGGGAAGAAGAGGAUCUAAAGCUCGUGAACAUCCCGGUCACCACGCCCGAGAACCUCUAUCUGAUGGGAAUGGAAUUAUUUGAAGAGGCGCUGCGAAGGUGGGAACAGGCCCUCUCUUUCCGGAAUAGGCAAGCGGAAGACGAGGCCAGCUGCGGGUCCAUCAGAAUGGGAGCUGGGGAUGCCAUAGCUGAAGAAAAUGUGGAGGACAUCAUAAGCGCUGAAUUCAUCCAUAAACUGGAGGCAUUACUGCAGCGCGCCUACCGCCUCCAGGAGGACUUCGAGGCCUCGCUCGGAGCUUCUGAUCCCGCAUCAUUGGCUAAUGACAUUGAUAAAGACACGGACGUCACGAUGAUGGAUAAUGGAGGUGAUUUUGGGAUGAGAGACACGAUGAGCAUUGCUUCGAAUGAUUCUUUCAUGUCUGCCUCGGAGCUGGCGGAGCACAGAGAGAUGAGGGCGAGCAGCGGCCUGCAGUCCUUCUACCACUGUCCUCUGUAUGAGGAAGCCAUGCUACUAGCUGAGGAGGGGAGGAUCUACUGCAGAGCACUGAGGACCGACUUGCUGGAGUGCGGAGGGGACAGCGAUUUUCUCACCAAGCUCCACUGCGUCCGCCAGGCUUUUCAGAUGAUACUUUCUAAAGUCGAAAACAGGGAAUUUUUUAUGGAUGUUGGAAGAAAGAUCUUAUCGUCAUUGAUAAUCAAGGCUAAUAAGAAUCCUUGGAAGUUUGAAGCCGCUUAUGACGAGAUGAUGGGAUUUCUGAACAGUCCGGACUCCUGGUCCACCAUGGAAAAUGAGCUGUUUGGACGAGGGGUAAAGAACAUGAAUUUUUACGACGUCUUCUUGGACUUCGUGGUGAUGGACUCUUUAGAAGAUUUGGAAAAUCCGCCGUUGUCCAUCCAGAACGUUGUAAAGAACCGCUGGUUAAACUCCUCCUUCAAAGAAACAGCUGUCACCUCCAGCUGUUGGUCGGUGCUCAAGCAGAAGAAACAACAGAUGAAGUCACCAGAUGGAUUUUUCGCUCAUUUUUAUGCCGUCUGUGAGCACAUAUGUCCAGUUUUGGCCUGGGGAUUCCUCGCCCCUAAAAAUGCACUACACGAGCUUUGCUGCUCUUAUAAGGAUCAAGUCCUGCACUUCCUUAAAGAUAUCUUUGACUUGGAGAAGGUUUGCUAUUUCAGUGUGGAAAGUUUGUCAGAAGACAUUUUGCAGAAUAUCUAUCAGCGCACAGAGUCACUUGGGCUGUACGCGGGAGCAGACUGUGUGAAGGCCACUUGUGUCCAGGCUCAUAGGUAUCAGUCUGGUAAAACUGAUCACCUGAAUCUCAUGCACUCGUGAUGUCCUGACCUGGCGGCAGCCAUUGUGUGAGCCGAGCUACAAUCUGUGAAACAGAAGGCUUGGACAUUCCUGAAGAAUAAACACUUAUUGUUAGUCUGGGCAGAAUUCAUUAAAGGGUUUUUUCAGGUUUGAGGAUAGGCCAUCGGUAUCAGAUCGGUGGGGUUCUGACUUACGGCAUAUGCCCACUGAUCAGCAGUUUAAAGUGACUGCGGCGUUUAUGUGAGCGCUGCUACCUCGUCAUUGUUUACAUGAGGUCUACUUAGUAGAGGUGGUGCAGGGGAUUGCACCUUCCAUUACUCUGUGCCACUGCUACCAAAUAGAUGGCGUGAAGGUAGAUAUAAUCAACGAAGAGACUGCAGCGCUCGUGGCUGAUCAAGCAGAGAGUCGAAACCCCACCGAUCUGAUAUCGAUGGCCCGUCCUACUGAGACAGGAAAACCACUUUAUAGUAAUUUCUCAAACUGCCUGCCAAGCGAUGUGUUCUUAGAUGACUAGUGCGCGUUAAAGGGGUUCUACCCCCGUAAUCUGAAGAAACGAGGUAAUUUGUCUCAUGUUUGAAAAGAGGAGGCGGUGCACAUAGAAGGACGCUAUCGAUUAUUCCGUAUGGGUGGUACAGAAACGGCCCACCGUCUGCAUGUCCCGUAGAUUGUGAUGAGAACAUCUAAGGCAUGUACACCAGCCUGUACCUUACACAUAGGGGACAUGGUACUCUCAUUCUGAGGGACAUCUCCUUGAUAUGCCAUAACGUUUGUGGUGGAAAAACCCCUUUAAAUCCCACUCUCCCUCAAUGAGCAAUAUGGCCAAAUCUACUCAAAAUGUGUAGGCCAUCUUCAGCACUUAGUUUUGUUUCUGUUUUUUACACCCAUGCAAUGUUUGCCACAUUUUCUGUAAGCUUUUUGUGUUCCUAAGCUCCUGGACUGAUUCUGAGUGCCAGUUUAACAGUUUUACCUUUUGGGGCUAGGUUUGCGCCCCUCGGCCUUUGUCUAUUCCACGCAACCAUCUACAAUAAACUUUUCAGCUGACUCACUAUGUCCAGGCGUCGAAUGACUCUUAAGGCCCUUGUGCCACAGUUUAAUAAUGGAGUCUUUUGGGUCUCAGACUUGAACCAGACUUGGUUCAUUUCUGGCCUAUUCAUUUUUGAUGAGAUCCAACAUGCCUCACUGAUCCGGCAUCAUCACCUC